AUGGUCAAACAUUCAUCAUUCAUACAUUCAUGUUUGACAUAUCUCAAACAUGAAUGUUUGAAUGAUGAAUGUUGCACUGUCUGUGGUUAUGACCACUCUGAUGAUGCUAGUAAUUGUUAUCGUCAAUGGUUACACGGAACAUUAUUGGAAAUUUCGUCAGAUUACCAAGAACAUUAUGAAGAACAGUUAAAAAUUGAAGAAGAAAAUCGUCAACAACUAUGGAUGCAAAUGCAACAGCAUAUGGAUCGUCUUAUUCAAGAAGAAGAAUACAUACAAGAACAACGUUAUAGACAUGAAACAGAUAUUUUGAGUGUUUCAGCGUCAUCACGAUUUAUUGUACAAUUUCGUUUAAACCGACUGGAAAAUCAAUUACCUGUCACGCAAACAAUGAUUGAUGAAAAAAUGAAAUGUAUGGUAUGUUUAUGUGAGUAUGAACUACAUGAUUUUUACUCAAAAUGGCCAUGUGUAACAGAUUUAUAUUUAUUUCAUUACAACUGUAUGUUGAAUACAUUGAGACGACAGAAUACUUGUCCUCUCUGCCGAUAUGAAGUUGAUCCGGGACGAUCAAUCCCAAUGACGUAUAUAUUUCGAUCGGUAUUUGGAAGAAUUUUAUUAUAA